AUGCUAGAAGUUUAUACGGAGGAGCUCCAAAAUUUAGUAUAUUAUGCUGGAACUUUCCGUGUUUCAGCUAAUAUAGUGGUUAUUUUCAAUAAUUUUGCAAAUAAAUUGCCACAAUGGCUUCUUCAGAAAUAUAUAACUUCUUCCCCCAUCACAACUAUAAUAGUGUUAGUCCAAGAAAACCGUUCAUUUGAUCACAUGUUAGGUUGGAUGAAUACCCUAAACCCUAAUAUAAAUGGUCCAACAAGAAAAUCAUCCAACCCUAUCUCAACCUCCAAUGCAAAAUCCGACGUUCUUAUUUUUGGCAACCAAUCACUUUACGUAGAUCCAGAUCCCGGCCACUCAAUCCAAGAUGUUUAUGAGCAAAUAUUUGGAGUUCCAUGGAGUAAGAACUUGGCUAGCAAGAAACUUCAGCCCACCAUGAAAGGAUUUGCUCAGAAUGCAGAGAGAAAUCUCAAGGGUACGCAUAAACCCUUUAGGCAUUUCUUUAAUUUUCAUUUUGAUUUUUGCAGGAAUCUUAGGAAACUGAAAUACAUAAAGAACUUCCAUCAAUUCGAUCUUCAUUUCAAGAACCACUGCAAAGAGGGAAAGUUACCAAAUUAUGUUGUAAUUGAGCAAAGAUACUUUGACUUAAAAAUCUUGCCUGGAAAUGAUGAUCACCCUUCUCAUGAUGUAUUUGAAGGCCAAAAAUUUGUGAAACAAGUCUACGAGGCAUUGAGAUCAAGCCCUCAAUGGAAUGAAAUAUUGUUCAUUAUAAUAUAUGACGAACAUGGUGGUUUCUUUGACCAUGUUCCGACUCCGGUCACCGGCGUUCCUAGCCCUGAUGGAAUAAAUGGUCCUGAACCUUAUAAAUUUCAGUUUAAUCGCCUAGGUGUUAGGGUUCCGGCCAUCUUGAUUUCACCGUGGAUCGAACGUGGAACGGUGUUACACAAGCCAUCAGGACCAUACGCUACUUCUGAAUUUGAGCAUUCUUCAAUUCCUGCAACUGUUAAGAAGAUUUUCAACUUGAGUGAGUUUCUCACUAAGCGUGAUGCAUGGGCUGGAACCUUUGAGACAGUCAUAAAUAGAACAACUCCAAGAACAGAUUGCCCCGAAACUUUGCCAGAACCAGUGAGAUUGCGAGAAGCAGAAGCCAAAGAAGAUGCAAAGCUAACUGACUAUCAAACAGAAAUGGUACAAAUGGCUGCAGUUUUAUGUGGAGACCAUUUAAAGGACUCUUAUCCCCACAAGCUUGUGGAAGACAUGACUGUUGCUGAGGCAGCUGAGUAUGUUGACAAGGCAUUUAAUAAAUUCUUGGAUGAAUGUGAGAAAGUUAAACUAAGUGGUGCUGAUGACUCUACCAUUUGUGUACCAACAGAAUUACCAGGUGAUUAUGAUGAGAGAGCUUCAACAAAAUUCAAAUCCUUUGCUUCCAAAUUCUUGUCUUGUGUACUUUGUGAUCAUUGA